CGGAAGCAGCGCGGGGCCAGGCAUGGCGGCGGCGGCGGCGGCAGAGGGUGUCCCCGCGACCCCAAGAGAGGAGCCGGUUCGAGACGAUGCCGCCGUGGAGACAGCUGAGGAAGCAAAGGAGCCGGCUGAGGCUGACAUCACUGAGCUCUGCCGGGACAUGUUCUCCAAAAUGGCAACUUACCUGACCGGGGAACUGACGGCCACCAGUGAAGACUAUAAGCUCCUGGAAAAUAUGAAUAAACUAACCAGCCUGAAGUAUCUUGAAAUGAAAGAUAUUGCUAUAAACAUUAGUAGAAACUUAAAGGAUUUAAACCAGAAAUAUGCUGGACUGCAGCCUUAUCUGGAUCAGAUCAAUGUAAUUGAAGAGCAAGUGGCGGCUCUUGAGCAGGCAGCCUACAAGUUGGAUGCAUAUUCCAAAAAACUGGAAGCCAAGUACAAGAAGCUGGAGAAGCGAUGAAAAACUUACUCCUGUGGAUCAAAGUCUUUUUUAACAUGGAAGAAUGUUUUAUAAGACCUGAAUCCUGAGGCUGAUGAAUUGUCAAAACUCCUCGAAAGGAAACUGUGCUGGUCGUCCCAGAAAUGUACCAACAUUGGAGUAAACUGGAGGACUAUGGCUACCCCUGAACUUCUUUUGAGGCAGUAUCCCUCAGAAACUCACACUUAAUAACUUCUUACCUUUUACUUGAAUGUUUCAUCAUCCACUCAGGACAGAGAGUCUCUCAAAGUUCAGGAUAAGCCUGGGCUUGCCAGUGGAAUCAAAUGAGAGGAACCAUUCUUCUCUCAUAGUGGUUGAUUACUACAUUAUUUUCUUAAUGGCUGGUUUUUUGAGUUUCUGUGUCAACAGUGUUUUUUUCUAUUAAUGAUGCUGAUGUAUUGUUAAUAAGAUCCUAAAUUAAAAAAAGAAAAAAACUUGUUCUUAACAGA